GUCGUCGGAGGCGAGGAUUUGUUGUGGUGUAACGUUACUUGAUACGAUCGGAGUUGCAAUAAAGACCGAUAUCAGACGGGAAAAAUGCUCAUGAAUUGGAAGAUCGUCGUUCCUUUGCUCGCGGUGGCAUUCAUCGUGACGAGCGCCGAUGGGAUACCGGGGGGCGUCGUGGACGCAGAUAUGAACGACCCCGCUACCAGAGACGCGCUGAAGUUCGCGGUGGCCGAAUACAACAAGGGAACAAACGACCUGUAUGUUAGGCAGGUGGCCAAGGUUGUCAAGGCUCAGAAACAGGUGGUAGCUGGGAUGAAGUACAUCUUCACAGUGCGGAUGGCCAGGUCCCUGUGCAGGGAGGGAGGCGUGCCGAUGGACUGCGCUUUGCAUCAGGGCCCAGCUGCGACCUACCAGUGCAUCUUUGAGGUGUGGAGCCGCCCCUGGCUGGGAGCGCUCCAGUUGAUCAAGCAAGCCUGCGAGGAGUAAAGACCCAAAGGAGAGAGGACUUCAAUUGUCUAGUCUACCCAGUUAAUAUUUAUUACCAGUGGUGUUAGUCUUCCCUAAGCAGAUCUACCUCAUCUAUGAUGUAUUCAGAGAAUCCAACUCAUUUUCCUACUUAAUGCAUUCCCACACCAAUAUAGCACUUAAAAUAAGAACUGCUGUGUUGAUGAUGGUUUGUCAGCGCUAUGCAACAGUGGAACUAAAUAA